UUUUCUUCUUUUUUUUGUUGCUUGCUUUUGUCAAACUAUACACACUUCUCACUUUAUAGUACAUAGACCCCUCAAUUCCUAGACAAUGUUCCUUUUCAACGAUAUCCUUACUGGCGAUGAGCUUUUCUCGGAUGGCUUUGACGUUACUUUGAAGGACGGAAUCUACGAGGUCGAUUGCAAAAUGAUCACUGUCGGCGGCGACAACGAUAUUGACAUUGGUGCCAACGCUUCUGCUGAGGAGCCGGCCGAGGAUGCCCUUGAUAGCACUAGCGAGACCGUCAACAACGUUGUAUACUCGUUCCGUCUGGUCCCCAGCUCCUUCGACAAGAAGUCUUACAUGACCUAUAUCAAGGGCUACAUGAAGUCUCUUGAGAAGCUUAUGAAGGAGGACGAGGCGAAGACUGAUGAUGAUAUCACUGCCUUCAAGGCCAACGCCGCUAAGUUCGUCAAGAAGGUCCUCGGCGACAUCAAGAACUACGAGUUCUACACCGGUGAGAGCAUGAACCCCGAAGGUAUGGUCGCUCUGCUCAACUACCGCGAGGACGGUGUUACCCCGUACUUCUCGUUCUUUGCUGACGGUGUCAAGCCCCAGAAGCUCUAAAUAUUGGCUUUUUUCCACAAUGAGUACUUUUAUUCGGUUUUCAAUCAAUAUUUACCCAAAUUAUUUGCCCUCCAA